AUGGCAAAGACGAUCGACUUCCUCGCCUCGGACGGCGAAGACGACGUCGCUUUCGCACCCGCGCCGUCCAAGCAGAAGCGCAUGCGCGCCACUCCUUCCUCCACCACCGCCAAGCCAUCGUCCAAACGCAGCAGAGCCAACAACGACGAUAGCGACGACGACGAUGGUUUUGAUAUCACCAACUCGCUCGUAUCCAGCACGCUCCCAGCAUCUGCAGCCUCGUCCUCAUCCCGCCCGGUCAAGGCACGUCCGUCUCGCGCUGUCGACCACACUAUGCAGGAAGACGACGACGACCUCGACGAGGCCCAGUUCAUCGCCUCGGUCAUGCAGCAGGCCAACGUCAAGGCCGGCGUAGAGGUAGCAAAGAAGGCGCUUUCUGGCAAAAACAAGGGGAAGAACAAGCUCGGCUCAGGCGUCGUCACCGGUGGCGGCUCCUUCCAGAGCAUGGGCCUCCACCCCUCCCUGCUCCGCUCGCUUCUCAUCCGCGGCUUCACCACUCCCACGCCCAUUCAACGACAGGCGAUCCCGGCCGUAAUGGCUCAGCCUCCCAGAGACGUCGUCGGCAUGGCGCGCACCGGUUCUGGAAAGACGCUCGCCUACCUCAUCCCGCUCAUCAACCGCCUCAACGGUCGCCACUCGCGCACCUUCGGCAUCAAGAGUCUCAUCUUCUGCCCAUCCCGCGAGCUCGCCGUGCAGAUCCUUCGUGUCGGCAAGGAGAUCGCUCGUGGCUGGAAAGCUGAUCCGGGCGAGGGCCAGGACAGCCGCGGAGAGGCCAUCCGCUGGGCCAUGAUCGUCGGUGGCGAGUCGCUCGACGAGCAGUUUGCCAUCAUGUCCAACAACCCAGACGUCGUCAUCGCCACGCCCGGUCGAAUGCUCCACCUCACCGUAGAGAUGAAUCUCGACCUCAAGUCGGUCGAGUACGUCGUUUUCGACGAGGCCGAUCGUCUCUUCGAAAUGGGCUUUGCAGAACAGCUCGAGGAGAUGCUCCUCCGCCUGCCGCCCACAAGGCAGACGCUCCUCUUCAGUGCCACGCUGCCCAAGAAGCUCGUCGAGUUUGCAAAGGCCGGCCUUCAGGCCAAUCCGAAGCUCGUUCGUCUCGAUGCCGACAGCAAGAUCAGCGCCGACCUUCGCAUGGCCUUCUUCAGCGUAAAGCCCUCCGAGAAGGAGGCGGCGCUGCUCCUGCUCUUGCGCGACGUCAUUGGCGUACCCCUCGGCGAGCAGGCGGCUCCUGAUCUCGAAGAGGAGGAUCAGUUCAACGAGGAUAACAGCGACGACGCGGGCGAGCAGCUAAAGCGACAGGCGUGGUCCAAUCAGAAGCACCACUUCAAAGGAAAGUCCAAAGGAAAGGGCAAAGACCUCGCUGCCAAGCGCAAGCGCGGUGGCGCGCUCGAACUGCUUCCGCAUCAGACCAUCAUCUUUUGCGCCACAAAGCACCACGUCGAGUACCUCUUGCUGCUGCUCACCACCACCGGCUAUGCCUGCUCCCACAUCUACUCGUCCCUCGACCAGGCCACGCGAGGCAUCCAGAUGUCGCGCUUCCGUCGUGGCCAAACAAGUCUGCUCAUCGUCACCGACGUGGCAGCGCGAGGUAUCGAUCUGCCCGUGCUCGAGCACGUCGUCAACUUUGACUUCCCACCGCAGCCGCGUACGUUUGUCCAUCGUGUCGGCCGUACUGCGCGUGCCGGUCGCAAUGGAUGGGCGUGGAGCAUGUGCACCAACGCCGAGCUGCCCUACUUGUGCGAUCUGCAGCUCUUCCUCGCGCGUCCGCUCGUCUCGUCCCACACUGCCAUCGCCGCCCUUGCCGAUGGGCAGGAGAUUGGCGAUGCAGACUCGCUCGGCCUGCACGACAGCCUCGUGCUCGGAACGUUCCCGCGCGAGGCGCUCGACCUCGAGACCGAGUUCAUCAGCUCGUCGCUCACCAACACCUCGUCCUCCACCGUGCACGACUUCCCCGCGCUCAAGCAGGUCGCAGAGAGGGCGCAGCAGAAGUACGAAAAGUCCAUCACAAAGGCCGCCCAGGAAUCGCACCGCCGCGCAAAGGAGAUGAUCAAGCUCGGCAGCAUCGAGCAGAUCAACAUCCGCACUGCUAACGGCGCCGAGGGCGAGGUGCCCGAGUGGACCCUCGCCGGCUCGCCGCUCGAGGAAACGGCAGUGCACGACGUCAUCAAGCGUCCCGGCGUGUACGGGCUCAACGGCGCCAAGAUGUCCGAGUCGGCGCGAUCCGUGCUCGGUGCAGCUGCGGCUAAGGGCGCUACGGGCAAGGCGGCCGGCAAGGAGGCAGAGGAAGCGGCGGCGCGCGCGGCUCUGCUCGCCAAAGUCAAUGCUUUCAGGCCGCAGGAGACCGUGUUUGAGAUCGGUAUUCGCGGAGACGCAACGCCACUGGGUGCGCUUAUGCGCAGCCGCAGACAGACGAUGGACGUCAAGACCAAGCGCGCCGAAGCGCUCGAGGCCAGGAAGCGCGCCAUGGAGGGUGGCCCUGAGGACGCACAGGACGACGAAGUCAAGGGGGCUGCGAGCAAGAAGUCGAAAAACAAGAAGGCGGCUGCGGAUGACGAGGAUGGCGCUGGCGAUGCGACAGUCGACCUCGAGCAGGCUGACGAGGCCGAUAUCCUGGCUGCAUUCGACACCGGCUCGUCCAGCGUCAACAAGAUGUCCGCCAAGAUGUCUGCACGCGAUGAGUCGGACUCGCAAGCCGAGUCCGACUCGGAUGGCGAAGGUCGACCGGCCAAGCGUACGCGCAGUGCAGCUCCUGGAAAGAAGUCUAAGGCCGCUGGAUCGUACCGCGACCCGAACUUCUACCUGUCGUAUGAGCAGGAGGGUUCGCGUGCCGAGCGCGGCUAUUCGCUCGGCAACCCGCGGUCUGGCAUCGACUCGUUCGUCCAGCAAGCCUCUGCGGCGUCGUUUGACCUGGCUGGUGACGACGCCACGAUGGGUACCCAGUCGCAGCGUCCCAACGUCACGCGAUGGGACUCGAAGAAGAAGAAGUUCAUCCAGGGCGCCGUGGGCGCCGACAACAAAAAGAUGAUCCGCACCGAGUCCGGUGUGCGUCUCCCGGCGAGUUUCAGGUCCGGAAGGUUCGAGGACUGGAAGCGCGAGAAGCGCAUCGACAUGCCCAAGACCGGCGAGCUCGAGUCGAACAGCAACGCAGCCGUGGACUCGGUCAUGGGGCUGAAGAAAUUCAGGCACAACAAGGUCGUGCCUCCCAAGGCCGAGGUGUAUGGCAAAGGCAGACCGGGCCAGGACAAGAGACAGGCGGCUAGGGACGAGGUCAAGAGCGCACGACAGAUCCAGAAGGAGCGAGAGAUCAAGGACAAGAGGCGAGAAAAGAACGCCAGGCCGUCUAGGAAGGAUGCAAAGGGUCGACCUAGGGCCAGUCGCGGCGGCAGGGGAGGCGGACGUGGCGGCAGCAGAGGAGGAGGACGGGGUGGCGGAAGAGGCGGCGGAAGAGGCGGUAGCCGCAGGUAG